AGAUGGAAUGAGAGAGGGAGAGAAAGGGACGAGAGAGGGAGAGAAAGCGUGAGGGAGAAGGAGUUUAAACUAAGAGCUAUGUUUUGGGACAAGCUAAUCUGCCAGAGAGCAGUGUGAGGAUCGGAGCACAUUGUGUGAGAGAGUGUGCGGGGGACAGAUAAGGGAACAAGCCCGCCAGCCCGACUGCUUGUUUUAAUGUGCUGACUCUGGGGAGAUAAAAAAAAUAUAUUAUUGACUCUUCAGUCGUGUGCCGAGACCCUGGGCACAAGCGCCACAUCCACCAGAGGUGUACCAAAACAGGGGAAAAAGGGGACAAAAAUUUGACACAAAACAGAAAUUAUAGAGGAUUUUUUCCCCCAUUUUUUGUAUUUUUAUUUUUUACAUUGAUUAAUUUUUUUCUUUCUUUUUUUCUGGGACUGGCUCCCAUUUCCAGUAGACAGAGGGAGGAAAAUCACUGAAGGGGAACCGUUAGAAAAUAAGAAAAGGACGAAAAAAGCAUUAACUACUACAAGAUGUUCGAAAUCAGCCGAACACUCAACGCUGCUUUGUUGAGCAAUGAGCAUCUCAAGAUGAUGGUGAGGUACCCCCAGCUCUCGGGACUAGCCACUGCUGACGGCUCCGUCCCUGAGAGGUUCUCGCCGCUAUUUCCCAGGGAUCUCCCAUCCGCCCAGAUGGGAUCCAGGUCACUUUUGGGAUCGACAGAGACACAGUGGCGUCAGGCAGAACUCCCGCAGCUACAGGGCUGGGCAGAGAAGGGACUGCUGACUCAGCCAAAGAUGAUAAUCAGCAACAUGGAGCCUCAGGUGACGAACGGCCCCAACGGCACCACGGCCAACGGGCCAUCGAGCAACAGCCGCAGCUGCCCCUCGCCCAUGCAGACCGGAGGCCCUACCGACGACAGCAAGACCAACCUCAUCGUCAACUACCUGCCCCAGAACAUGACCCAGGAGGAGUUCCGUAGCCUGUUCGGCAGCAUCGGAGAGAUCGAAUCCUGCAAACUGGUUCGGGACAAGAUCACAGGGCAGAGUCUUGGUUAUGGGUUUGUCAACUACAUUGACCCAAAGGAUGCAGAGAAAGCCAUUAACACAUUAAACGGACUCAGACUUCAAACCAAAACUAUCAAGGUGUCAUAUGCGCGGCCCAGCUCGGCUUCCAUCAGAGACGCUAAUCUCUACGUGAGUGGUCUGCCAAAGACCAUGACCCAGAAGGAACUGGAGCAGCUCUUCUCCCAGUACGGUCGCAUCAUCACCUCCCGCAUCCUGGUGGACCAGGUCACAGGUCCCACAGGUGGGUCCCGGGGUGUGGGAUUUAUUCGCUUUGAUAAGAGGAUAGAGGCUGAAGAGGCGAUCAAAGGACUUAACGGACAGAAGCCCUCCGGAGCUGCCGAGCCCAUCACUGUUAAGUUUGCCAACAACCCCAGCCAGAAGACCAGCCAAGCUCUGCUGUCCCAGCUGUACCAGUCCCCUAACCGCCGGUACCCGGGACCACUUCACCACCAGGCCCAGAGGUUCAGGCUGGACAAUUUGCUUAAUAUGGCCUAUGGCGUAAAGAGGUUUUCUCCCAUUACCAUUGACAGCAUGACAAGCCUGGUUGGUAUGAACAUCCCUGGCCACACAGGCACCGGAUGGUGCAUCUUCGUGUACAACUUGUCUCCAGACUCUGACGAGAGCGUCCUGUGGCAGCUGUUUGGGCCCUUCGGAGCGGUGAACAACGUCAAGGUCAUCCGCGACUUCAACACCAACAAGUGCAAGGGCUUCGGCUUCGUCACCAUGACAAACUACGAUGAAGCAGCGAUGGCCAUCGCCAGUCUCAACGGGUACCGGUUGGGCGACCGCGUCUUGCAAGUGUCGUUCAAGACCAACAAGACCCACAAGUCCUGAACCCCUCCUCCCUCUGAAUCCCCUGUCACCACUACCACGACCACUCUACAGUCACCCGACACAGCAACUCUCCAACAGGAACACAGCAAACCAACAAAAAAGAGAACUAGAAAUGGCUUAUAAUAUAACUUUGGACCUAUAAGCCAAUGUUGCCUAAGUAUUACAAAAUGAAAGAUUAAAAUAUCCAUGAUUUGGAACACCUGUGGUAAUACAGGUUUUUUUUCUGUUGUAAAUCCUUUCUGUUUUUUUAUUUUAUUUUUGUGGUUGUUAAAUGAUUUUCUCUUCUAUGUAAACAGUAGCAAAACCAGUCCCCCUUAUUUCAAAGAAGAGAAUGUCCUUUUUAGAUUGACGUUUCUUGGUCUCGAUUCAGGAUUUUGUUCUUUUUUAAAUCCGGAUCCACUGUCGUUAGAAUUAUACCUCCCUAACAACAGAUGAAGGGAGGGGGCUCUUUUUUAAAUUGGUGACCAUUCAUUCAUUUUUAGUGUAUAUUAAAAGAAAUCCUAUCAAUUCUAAGGGAUGACUCAAUCCUGUUUUCUCUGAUGCAGAAAAAAAGAAUUUCUAACAUUUUUUGUUUUGUAUUGCAAACAAAACACAUGUCUUUCCUCACUUGGGUUUGGGAGAUGGGGAGAGGGAGGGGAUGGGUUAGCUUUCCUGAUGACACGUAAAGUGAUUUAAAAAAAACACUGUUGCCAAAGAGAAAAUCUCUUUGCUUGAAAAUGCGUUUAGAAAAUGAAAAAAGAGAAGAGAAAAUCUAUUUUUAUAAUAUGAUAAUUAAAAUAAUAAUUAUUGAAGAAUUUUUACAAGAAUCUGGAUUUGAAAAAAGAGAAAAAUAUUUUGACUGGCUAAUUAGGGGGUGGGGGGAGGGAUGGGCGCCACCUUGUCUUGUUCGUUCUGCCGUGGUACUUUUUAGGAUCAAAGGUUGUUUGUUUUUAGGAGAAAUUGAUUGGCGAUGAUUUUGUAGAUGGAAGGUUUUGUCAAGGGAUGGAAAUUGAGGCAGGUGAUCUUCGUAAUUUUUCAUAGUGCGUAAUUAUUCAACAGCGAUACCCAAAAGGUAAGGGAGAGGGGUCUUUUGAGGCCUAACCAUCCUCACAGUCCAGAGCCCAAAGCAAGAAGACCCAUUGUCCACUUAUUUUUUCUUUUUUCAUCAGUCUAUGGGAUAUUAGUAAUAAAUAUAUAUAACAUACACAUCUCUCCAUUUAGAAAACAUACAUUAUAGUUUUUUUCCUUAUUAUUUUGUGGAAAAUAACUUCCUUUAGCGAUCAACGGUAGGUGCUAUAUUACAUGAUUCACAUAUCUUAAAUAUCCAAGUUUGUUGUUCUAUGUGUUGUUUAGAGAAAAAAAUACUUCGAUGUUGGCAUUGAAUUGAGCUGCUGUUCUUGUUUAUUUUUAUUGUUGGCCCCCAUCUGGUGACACUAUUCCUUGCAGACAUACCAGAUAACUGACUUUGGGCCAUGUAAGAAUCACUUACGAAUUUUCUUUGGCUUGCUAACUUUUAGUUUUCUUGCUGAGUGUGAAGCGUUUGUCGAAAUUCAAUAAUAAUUAGCUAGUUCUGUUAGUCUAGAUAUUUGUUUCCUCAAAGGAUCUAUUACAAAUGUGUUUUUAUUUGUUGUGUACAAAUAGAUAAUAUAUAGUCUACAUUUGUUUUACAAUAUCUAUAUCUAUGAGUUGUCACUGUUUUUAGUUUGAGCUUGUCUUUUUCAUAUGACAAAUUUAUGAAGUGAUGGUUCAGUUACUUAGAAAACUUGUGAGGAAUCCUGUUCAAUAUGUUGUCAUGUCGCUUGUGAAAAAAAAAUAUUUGGAUUACAUUUGAGUUAAUUACCGCGGCAAAAGAAACCGAACAAAAACGUAGAAAAUAACUGUAUUUAUUUAUUUAUUGAUUGAUUGUUUCAUUGACUCAACUAUUUAUUUAUAUUGAUUAUUUAUUUUUGUAUUUAUUUGUUCCGUUGUCUGUGUAUUUUGCGUGAUUCUGGUACAGGGAGAGGGGAUGUUUCUGAGCAAAAGGGAACAAAGUGACUAGGGGAGAGGCUCUUCCAUUAGUCCACUGCACUGAGAACUUUUAGUACGUUUGUGCUUUGUACCGAUAUAUCAAAAUUACAAUAUAAAAAAUCUAAAAGUUGAAAACAAAAAAAAUGUCAAGAGGGUUGGUGACGCUCUUCCCUUAUUACUAGAAACAGUUACUCGCUAUGCAUAACCUAGUUGAUAGUUAAAUUUGCUAUUGCUUUUUUCUUGUCUUGUUAAACAAAAUCUUUAAAUCUUUUUCAAUAAAGUUUAGUCUUAAUAGAAUGUUAUAACAGUUGUUCUGGUUCAAUAUAACCUGUGAUAAGUUUGUGUCGUUUUAAAGCCACUCCGCACCCUCCCUCCACACUACCGCUUUGUGAUGAAACUUUAUGCAAAAAUGUGGGUCUGAAGCAUAGUUUUCCAUUUUCAAACAUUUUAUAACACCCAAGUUUGGAGGCUCGGGCAUAUAAAUUCGAUAAGAGAAUUUCCAUUGUAUUUGAGGGUCAUUCAUUGCACUGGACUAAUCAGUCAACUCACCUAAGAGUCAAACGUAUUUUUAAAGAAUGGUCAUGUUUAAAAAUUACAUAAGAACAUCUCUUUAAAGAGAUCUUGAGGAUUGCACACUAACUGCACUUAUGGCGGCAGUUGUUGCUAUUUAAAAAGACUGAAGGUAUUUAAUGGAUUAUACCCAUUCUAUAUUUUAUACUAUAAUAUAUAUAUAUAUAUAUAUUUUGAAACGGUAAAGGUAGGGAAUGGUUCCAGAAAUACUGAAUUGGAUUUUGUUGAGCCAGAAAACACGAGAAGGUGUAGGGAAAUUGUAAAACCCUCAGACGCAUGCAUAUACAUACUCUGUCAAUACCACAUCAUAGGAAGCCCGUCUGACAUCAUGCAUAUACAUACUCUGUCAACACCACAUCAUAGGAAGCCCGUCUGACAUCAUCAACCAGUACGGUUCUGACCUCAGAACACCAACAGACCCCUUUUCAUGCUCCACAGCUGUUGGGAGCUUGAAUUAUGCAACGACCCCAGUAGAAUGUUGUUCUGAUGUGUGCUGUUCUUAUAUUUCCUAUGUCUUUUGAACUCUUAUGACGUGUGCCUGUGUUCCGUCUAGACCCUCUUGUGCGUAUGUAUGAGUGUGUUUGCGAACACAUUUGUGUUUGUGAGUGUGUGUGUGUAUGUAAGGGUGUUUGAAACACGGGGCUGUGUCACCUCAAUCUAUGCCCAACCCUUAUGACUCACACCAUCCCCUGUAGCGCCUUAUAGUGGCAGCCUGCCAAUAGGAAAUCAACAGCCCGUAGUGUGGGAGGGAAGGUUAAGAGAGGAACAAAGCUCUUGUCAUUUUUCAUUUUCUCCGGAAAUGUGUUUGUUUACUAUCUGAAAAUCUAUAAAGUAUCUUUAAAGACAAAAAAGACGAAAAAAGUUCACAGGGCCUUACUGGUCUCUCCUACUUAUGUUAUUACUUAUCAAUUAUUGAUUAUUAUUAUUAUUGCUAUUAUUCUUAGUAUUCUUAUUAUUAUUAAUCAAAUUACUGCGAUGAAUAUCCUUGCUAGUUUAGGUCAUUUCUGAAACUGGAAACAAAAUAAAAAUCUUGCUGUAAAUGUUUUUUUUUUCUUCAUAAAACUGUUGUGUUUGAAUUAUUUGUACUUUUGAAUGUUGGGACAAUAAAAUGAGGUGUUGAAGAG